AAUAGUUACUUCUACGUAAGCAUUAAAACUAACUCGAGAAAUAUAAACAUAUUUAAUUCUACGAUUAAUUAUUAAAAAAUGAAAUUUUCAACCAUUUUUUAAAUUCUACAAAUGUUGUUCCGAAAUUGAAGUUUUAUAAACAUAUAAGCAACAUUCACACAAUUAAUAGAAGUAUAACAAUGUUUGGAUACAUGGCAACCACAAGAUAUGAUUUGUUAUUCUUAAAUGUUAGUUAAAAAUUUACAUCAAUAUACUUUUUUGAUACCGUGAUAAAUUUUGGCAGAAGUGAUAUCACUUGUAACCAAAAAUGCAGAAAUACCAGUGUAAAUAUUAAAAAGUUAGUAGACUAUAUAACUAUGGAUGAUAGUAUAAGGCAGGGGAAGGAUUCUGAAGGAUCUAACGUUGUACAAAAUGAAAAAGAUCAGACAAAUGAGAGAAUGAAAUCAACGUCCAAAUCACAGCAAAAUCAAAGGAUGCAUUCUCAUUCCCGUUCUCGAUCGCCAACUAGUUCUCAAACUUCAAAGCAAUGGAUAAGUUCCAAUGCUUUCAUAAAUUUUGUUCAGGAUUUUAGACAGAACUUUACCGAUGUGAGGAGCACAAGAGUAUUUCAAUUAGCUGGUGAAAGAUGGAAGCAAAUGUCUCCUGAAGAAAAACAACCAUACAUAAAUACAGCUAAAAGCGUUAGGAACCGUAGACAAGAUCAGCCGAAGUUUGAACAAGAAAAUAAACCUAAUGCAAACACAGAACACAAAAAGAAUGCAAAUACAGAACACAAAAAGAAUGAAAACACAGAGAAGCGGACAACAAAUAGAAAAAAUCCAAAAAAAAGUAGCAAGGAACGAAAACAGAGUCGAAAAAAGAAACACGAUACUGAAUCAGAGAGUGAUACAGCUACUUCAGUUACCUCAGCCUCAAACACAGCAACAAGCGAGGAUAUGUCAGACACAAGUUGAUAAAAAAGCAAUUGGUUAUGUGAAUUUGUUAGUGCUUGUAAUCACUUCAUAUUAGAAGAAUUCUUCUAUAUAUACAAUUAAUACACAUUAUAUUUUGUUAUAUCAUAUAAAAUUGAUUUUCUAUGAUAAUAUGCCAAAAAUACUAAAAUGUACUUAUGUCAUAAAAUAUUAAUAAAAGACUUCUCCUAUUUAGGUUUCCUAUGUGAAAUAUGUACAAUACAUUAUAUAUUAGGGUACUGAAGAAAUCACUGUGCACUUCAAAAUUUUAAUUCAUUCAGUGAUUAGGUAAAUAAAAAGUAAUUUCAAGUAUGAUGAUCUAUUUUUCUUAACAACUAGGAGCAAAAUGCCUAAAAUAUGCAAUACCUUUUUAGACACUCUAAUAGCUGUAUUUUAUAAU